GAAGUCUUGGACAACUUCGGAGGGCGGGCGGUUGAAGAUCGGAAAUCUGUGCGAAAUACAAGCUUUUUUUUCAUGUUGACGCCCUGCUUUGUGCGUCUCUUCCUCAGUUCUCGUCCGAUUGCUGCUCCGCACGGAAACCAGUUGUUGUGGUCAUCGCGAGGAACUUCCAACGGCGCGGACCGAUCAACGGUGGAUCAGUUUUCUCCGCAACAUUCUGGUCACCAGACUCGCGAUCGUGGUGGUGUUCGUCUAGGGCUAGUACAAGCCAAUAUGGUGGUUUAGUAGCUGUACUUUUGUAUUUAAUAAAGGCUUGAGCUGAUCGAUUUGUUCGGAGAUCAACGGCGCAGUUUUGGAGGAUAAGAUGCUGCCCAGGAGGAUCGUUGGGAUCUCGGUGAUCCUCGCUGUUUGUGGCUGCGCUUUCGCUGAUCAUGGACCAGCCGGGCGCAGAGUUUCUGAUGGAGGAGGCUAUGCUAACGCCUUCCUAGGAGUAUACUACGAAGACUCUGGUGAAGAAGGUCAUCACUAUCACCAGCGGGGACACAAGAAGCCCCACCGGGCAGAACAACGGCAGGCGGUGUUUCCCCAACAACCUGCUUUUGGAGCGGUUCAACCGUUUAAUAUCUUUGGCCAGGUGGCAGCAGGAGCCGCCCAAGUAGCUGCCGGAACGGCGGCCGUUCUGAACAGUGUUAAUAAGCAGAUCAACACGGCGUUUAAUGCGCAGCGACCGUUUGGUGUAGGUGGAGUUCAACCGGGUUAUGGGUUUGGAAUCGGGAUCAACACUGGAAAUCCAAGCGGUUUUGGACAGAAUCCUUACGGAUAUCCUGGUGGUUACCAACCACUAGGUGUCGGAGGAUACCAACCACAGGGACCCGGAGGAUACCAACCACAAGGUCCUGGGGGAUACCCUGUUGGUUACCAACAGGGUCAACGCCCUGACAAUCAUGGCCACGAUCAUCAUCAUCAUCAUCAUGAGAAUCACGGCCAUGAACACGGAUACGGCAACGGAGGUUAUCAACCAGCACCACCGAAUAGGUAUCCUGGAGGUCAACCUGGUCAGUACCCAGGUGGACAACCCAACAGACCCAACGAGCCCCAACGCCCAAUCAACCCAAAUCGUCCAAACGAUCCACAACGUCCUGUUAAUCCCAACACUCAAAAACCAACUAAUCCAGGUCCGGGGCCAGUUACCCCCGCGCCAAACCAACCAAUCCCAACAGCUGUCCCAAUCGUUCCACCUCCUCCACCGGCUGUCCCGGAAGAGCCUCUGGUGAUCCCGCCACCAUCGGGACCCGUCGUAACGCCGCAACCUCCCUCAUCCGUUUCAACAACCGAGGCCGAGGAAGACCCAGAUAGCGUGACCUACGACAUCGACAUCCGAGGAGAGUUCAACGACACCCAAACUCGCCGGCGGAGACAGCUGUUCCCAAACCUGUUCAACUCUAUCGGAAACAUCGUUCAAACUGGUGUCAAUCUGGCUAAUCCUGCCAACUAUUUCCAGCAGCAACCACAGCAGAACCCUCAAAACAACGCUCCUUUCUUCGGAGGAUUUGGAUUUGGAGGUAACCGACCUGGUUUCGGGUUCCAACCACAACAACAACCCGUUCCGACAACCCCUCGACCUGCCACUACAAUUGGACAACAACGGCCUAGGCCUCAACCGCCUCAACCAAUCCCUCAAACAACCCAAGCAGCUCCACAACCAACUCUGGUAACUCAACCACCAGCGCCCCCAGCACCGCCAGCUCCACCAGCGCCCCCAGCACCACCAGCUCCUCCUGUACCACCGGUAGACUCCGUGCCGCAGUUCCCCGAGCUUAACCUGCAACAGUUGGGCAACGGUGACUUCACGUGGACCAACGAAAACAUCGGCCGUGACACCGUCCAAAACUCACGACGUCGUCGUCGUCGCGAUACCGACGCCAUCUACUUCCCGGAUGACGACGAAGAUCGAUUCACCGUCACGCGCCGUCCCCAGGUCGUGUACCAUCCCACGAAUCGUGUCUCCCAAGGAAACGCCCAGGGAACCGCCCAAAACGUGCACAACGGCUUCGAGCAAAGCUCGGGCGCCAAUUCCCAGUCCCAGACGGUUCAGAACCAGCACGGAACGUUUAACCAGAACGCCGCUGGCAGUACCUCCGGAAACAUCGCCACCGACGGAUCGUCCGGACAGCUGAGUGCGGCCAACACCAUGCAGCAGAGCUUCCAGACGGCGGACUCUUCCGGAAGCAAAAACUCCGCCCAAAGCCAGUCGGCGAACUUUGACAAAAACGGCAACCUGGCCCUGACCAACUCCAACGCCAACACCAACUCGAUCCGGGAGAAGGACCGCUUCAAGGAGCAGUCCAACGCCGGCUCGUCCGCCACCAACCAGAAUCAGUUUGGGCAGUCCAACAGCAACGCCCAAACCAACUCGGAGACCUUCUUCGAGAACGGAAUCCACGGCAACAAGAACACUGCCUCGAGCCAGUCGCAGCAAAUCAACAAGGACGGCUCGGUGUCGGGUUCGAACUCGAACACGAUGAGCGGGACCUUCACCGGGCCAAACGGUCUCCAGGGAUCGUCCUCGUCCAGUCAGUCGUCGAGCUUCAAUCGAGGUCAAGGUGGCAAUGGUGGAGCGUCCUCGUCGGCGACAUCUUCAAGUGGGGCCGGAAAUGGGGGAGCGUCUUUCUCGUUUAGUGGGUCUUUCGCGGGGAUUCCACCGGGUUUUGGGUUUCCCCAGAUUUUUAUAAAUCCGGUCCAAAACGUGGGGAAGUUAGGGUAAGGCUUAUCGGGUAAGAAGGGGGAGGAAAGGAAAUAAAGUAUAAAUGAGUAAAAUAUUCAA